AUGGGGGAGCUAGAAGCGGUGCUGGCCCCUCUGCAGGGCCGGGCUCCCUUCCCGGCCGACGCGGCCCUGUCCUACACCGGCCCGGUCCCCCGUCGCGCCCUGCAGGCUCUUGUGGCAGAGCUCACCGAUCACCCACGACUGCGCUGCCUCGCCCUCCAGGGCUGCGGCCUGGACGAUGCCGGGGCAGACCUGCUGUCCCGGGUGGUGGCCUUCAACCCCACCCUCGAGCGCCUGGACCUGCGCGGCAACGCCAUCGGGGCCCAGGGCGCGCAGCUGCUGGCCAAUGCCCUGCGCACGUACAAUGUGGGAACCCUGCGCGCGCUGUGCCUGGAGGGUAAUCCCUGCAUCACACAGGCGCCGGAGCUCUUCCCCGGCGGCCAGACCGAGCUGUCGGCCCAAGCAAGCUCCACUCCCCGGGCCGAGAAGGGGCACGCCAUGAGUGCGCCCUCCCCCCUGAGACCCCUGGACGCCAAAGUGGAGCGCAGGAUGUUGAGCCUGGAGCACGGCAUUGAGGAGGCUGCCGAGCAGCUGUCCAGCGUGCUGACCUGGCGCGAGCGCUUCGACGUGGCGUCGGGCCAGAUGGCCGCGGUACUUGAGAUGCUGCAGACCGACACUGAGGCCAUGCGCACUCGGCUGGAGCUGGUGGAAAGCGCGUCACCAGAGGCCCAGCAGGCCGUGGCCGCGCUGGCGUCCCAGGUGAUGCCGCAGUUGCAGGCCUUGGGCGACGCGCUGUGCGCACUGCGCGAUGACCUGGCGGGCAGCGUGGUCGCGUCCCUGCAGGCGUCCGUGGACGCGCGGCUGACGGCCCACGGGGAGAGCACGCGGGUGGAAACUGCGGCGCUGGCCUCCGACCUGGCCGAGCCCGCCGCGGCGUCGGCCGAGGCGCUGGUGGAGUCGCUGGCGCUGCAGGUGGAAGAGUCGCUGGAGGGCGCGGGGGUGCGCCGGCUGGGCGCCGACGUCAGCACGCUGACCUCGGAGCACCUGUCCCUCGCUCAGGCCGUGGAGGAGAUCGAGGGGCGGCUCGUGCAGUCAUGCCAGGCGGAGGCGAGGAGUCUCGUCCCCGAGCCGGCCGCCGGAAUCGCGCCCAGGCUGCCUGCCCUUCCGAUCGCCGAGAGCCUCCAGCAGGGUCCCGCGAGCCACCCGCUGGGUGCGCUGUCGAGCCGCACGCUGUCCGGCGUGGAGGACCCCAGGCCCCGUCCUGGGCUGGAGGGGGGUUCCUGCGAGGUCGAGUGCCUGCGGGCUGGCCUGGCCAUAAACACGCGGGAGACGACGCAGCUGGCGGCCAUCCUAUUCAACCUCAUCGCGACAGGGACAUGGCAGGUCGUGAUGCUGGAGCAAGGACCAGGGAGCCUCGCACCGGCGGUGACGGUGCCGGAACCCCUGCCCCCCCUGCCCGUGGACGUGUGGGUGCGCAUCCUACAGCUCAUCUUCACAGAGGACCUCACCCCCCUGAAGAGCCUGGUGCGCCUCCAGCUCGUGAGCCGGACGGUGCUUGAGGCGGUGCGCUCCCUCCCACUAGCCACGGAAGUGAUCUCGGAGCCCGCGCUCCAGUCCCUUCGGCCCCUGCUCCAGGCCUGCCCCUGCGCCAGCCUGUCAUUCCAUAGAUCCGUGGAUGGAGAGAGCCUACUGCGCCACCCGGGCUUCAGGGCGAUGUCGGGGCGCACCCUGACCAGCCUGAGGGCGGUGGUGGCCUGCACCGACACGCUGAGCCGCUUCCCGGCGCUGGAGCGCCUGGUGCUGGAGGCGGGGGCCAUCCAACGCUUCUACCCCUCCGUCCUGCACGGAGGACUGCGGAACCUGCGCUCCCUGUCCCUCGUCCGCUUCCCUGAGAUGGAGCUGCAAGGCCUGGACCCAGUCCUGCUCCCCUCGCUCCGGGAGGUUCACGUCACGCCCCGCCCGCUGGCCCUGCGCUGCGCUUUCCACCUCGCCCUGCCGCCCGCCCUCCACCUCGACCGCCUCGUGCUCCACGGCUCCUUCCCCGACAUCACCAGCCCCGCCUCGGCGCCCGUGGUGGACGUGGAGGCCGGUGCCCUGGCCCGGCAGGUGGCGGCCUGCCGCAUCGAGGCCCAGACGCUGAGGGUCGCGAUGCCCCGCCUGGACCUGCGCCCGCCCCGUGCGCUGUGCGCGGUGGACCUGCUGCGCUGGACCUGCGAGAGCCGGACGGUGCUUGAGGCGGUGCGCUCCCUCCCACUAGCCACGGAAGUGAUCUCGGAGCCCGCGCUCCAGUCCCUUCGGCCCCUGCUCCAGGCCUGCCCCUGCGCCAGCCUGUCAUUCCAUAGAUCCGUGGAUGGAGAGAGCCUACUGCGCCACCCGGGCUUCAGGGCGAUGUCGGGGCGCACCCUGACCAGCCUGAGGGCGGUGGUGGCCUGCACCGAUACGCUGAGCCGCUUCCCGGCGCUGGAGCGCCUGGUGCUGGAGGCGGGGGCCAUCCAACGCUUCUACCCCUCCGUCCUGCACGGAGGACUGCGGAACCUGCGCUCCCUGUCCCUCGUCCGCUUCCCUGAGAUGGAGCUGCAAGGCCUGGACCCAGUCCUGCUCCCCUCGCUCCGGGAGGUUCACGUCACGCCCCGCCCGCUGGCCCUGCGCUGCGCUUUCCACCUCGCCCUGCCGCCCGCCCUCCACCUCGACCGCCUCGUGCUCCACGGCUCCUUCCCCGACAUCACCAGCCCCGCCUCGGCGCCCGUGGUGGACGUGGAGGCCGGUGCCCUGGCCCGGCAGGUGGCGGCCUGCCGCAUCGAGGCCCAGACGCUGAGGGUCGCGAUGCCCCGCCUGGACCUGCGCCCGCCCCGUGCGCUGUGCGCGGUGGACCUGCUGCGUGAGCUGUGCUGCGUGGGCGCCACCUGGACAGAGCUGGACCUGCGACUGCUGGAUCACAGGCUGUGGCUGGUCCCCCCCACCCCACCUGACGCCCUGGUCCCCGCGCCGGCAGUGGGCCUGCACCCGGAGGACCUCCUUGUGGAGGCGGCGCGGGUCCCCUGCCUCAUGGCCACGCUGUCGUGGAAGCAGUCUGGCAUCUGCCGGUACCCCGUGGUCGUCCUGUCCCGCUUCGACCCCAGCCCAGGGGACGACAGCGACGGGGCGCGCUGA